AUGGCUCCCAAAAAGAAGCCAAACAAAGGAGGAAAGGAGAUUGAAGGCAAGAAGAAGAAAGGGGGCAAGAAGGACACCAAUGCACCCAGGAAGUCUCCAGAGUCGGCCAUGAUAGAGGAGCUGAAGGAAUUCUACCACAAACAGAUCCAGGACCUGGAGGACAGGCUGGCCCGGUACCAGCGGAAGUGGGAUGAGCUGGCUGUGCAAGAGAAGCUCUUCCGCCAGGAGUUUGAGCAGCUAGCCACCAACAAGAAGGAGAUUGUGGCCUUCCUCAAGCGGACACUGAACCAGAGAGUGGACGAGAUCACGGACCUCAAUGACCAGCUGCAGAACCUACAGAUGGCCAAGGAGAUGGAGAAGGAUGCUUUCGAGGCCCAGCUGGCCCAAGUGCGCCAUGAAUUCCAGGAAACCAAGGACCAGCUCACCACAGAGAACAUCGCCCUGGCGGGGAAGCUGACCUCGCUGGAAGAGUUCCGGCUGCAGAAAGAGGAACUCACGGAGAAGUUCUUGGUCCUGGAGGACCAGCUGCAGAAGCAGGAAGGCGAGUACAAGAACUACGUGUACAACCUGGAGAAGAAGUCCGUGCUGGACAAGGACAGGCUGAGAAAGGAAAUCAUCCAGCGCGUGAACCUGGUAGCCACUGAGUUCCGAAAGGUGGCCACCAACCAGAUGUGGGAGACGACCAGGCGGGCCAUCUUAGAGAACAGCAGCAUGACACUGCAGCUGUCCAAGGUGUCCCAGGAAGGCAUGCAGCUGUUGCAGGAGAACGAGCAGCUCAGGGGCACAAGGGACAAGCUGUACCAACAGCUGGAGCUGCUGGAGAACACCCAAGAGAUCAUGGCCCGGAACAACAGGGGCCACCAGAAGAUCAUCCUCAUGCUGACUGAGAAGUGCCGCCAGCAGAGACAGGACACAGAGGAGAUGGAGCAUCUGCGCCUCCUGCUGUCGCAGCAGGAGCAGACCAUCCAGCAACUGCAGAAGGAGCACCAGACCCUCAAGAGCGAGAAAGAGCAGGUGGAAGAGCAGUUGAGGGAGCAGCAGGCAAAGGCGAACAGGCUACAAGAAGAGCUGACUGAGAAGGAAAAGGUUCGGGCCAACCUGGAAACAGUCCUGGCCCAGGCCACCUCCCUCCUACGGGACAUUGUGCAGAUGAGAACGGACGCAGAGGAUGGCGACUUCGAUGUGGUGUUCCAACUGCAGCGCAAGGAGCUGCUGCAGCAAUUGCUGGCUCUGCUCAGCUCGGCUGUGGUUUCAAAAAUACACCUGCAUGUGGGUCCCCACCAGGACAAGCAGACCCAGGGCCUGCCCAAAGAGAGCCAACUCAGCACCCAGAAAUCCAAGAUGGCGGCCGCCUCUCUGCUCCAGCAGCUCUCUACCAUUACAACCUACCAGCCAGGAGAUCUAGGGCUGGUGCCCCGUCGGGUCCGCAUCCCACCCAACCCCCAGGAUCUCAGGUCACUCUCCCACAUUACCCGAAUGGGAAUCUGCCAGUCACAGAAUACUAACGAGAUCUACCCAUCCGGCACUCUCAAAAGGUUCAGAAAGUUUAGCCUUCCUAGACGUUUCCUACACCGCAAGUAG